AUGAUUCAGCAGAGGACAACCUUGUUUGCUCAGGUUGACGAGAUCAUGACUGACGUAUGUCACCCAACCCGUCGACACAUGAUCCUGGGUGGACUUGCAGCAACACUUGUUGCCACCACUUCAUCGUUACCAGCUGAAGCCAAGUAUGGGACUUCUACAAAUAUGGAAAUGCCAAACUACAUUGAAUACUUGAUUGAAAAGAAUGAAGCGGGAGGAAACCCAGAACAAGCGCUCUACAAAGGAGCCGACCCGACCGUCUUGCUGAAACGUCUUCAGGAAGCCAACAAGCGACUGGCGGAGAUUCCAACCUUGACCGAAGAAAAAAAAUGGUCACAAAUUCAAGGUCUCAUCACUGGACCACUUGGGACUUUGGGAGUAACCAUCAAUCAAAUUGCUACUACUGAUUCUCCAGCGAAUGUGAAGGAUGCUGCCAAGAAGGUAAAGGGGGAUGUGAUUGCCAUCGGACAAGCGGCUGCCAAGAAAAGCGGACCCGCCUGUACCGAUGCAUCCCGCCUAGCCUCACGUGACUUGGAACAAUUUGUAAAAUUGGCAUUUGAGCUGUGA